UUAGAGAACUCGAGAACUGGGUAUAGGACUCCGUCGGUUCCGUUGACGGCCGCGUUCGAAGUGAAACAACGCGCAGCAGAGUCGGAAAACCUCCGGGUCGCUGUCCCAGAAGCAAGAGCCAGGCUCAGAAGCGCAAGCACCAGCCGCACAAGCAGGGAAGCAUGGGCGUGACUCAAGUGCUCCUGUUCGGUGCCUGCUGCCUCCUGGCUAGAGAAGUCCUCAGCAUGCCGGCGUCCACAGCGCAGCGGGACAAACAGCGGGACACUUCUGAAGCAGACAAGCGAUCCCAAGAGGAUAUCAUGUUCGGCAACCAGCAGAACAAGCCGGCGGGUAUGGUGGACGACCUCAUCGUUUUCCCGGAAAGAAGGUCGGGCGCCAACUCGCAGGACUCCAAAGACGCCAAGUCUGAUCAGAACUCGACGCAGAAAGAAGAAAAAUUGGGUGGCACGGUCGCUCCUGCGGAGGACACGGCAAACUCGGCCGCGGAAGUGAUGCCCUCGACGAUGGACCAGGAACUCGGGGGUGGCGAGACGGACGAGAAAGUGGCCGCCGCUACCUCGCGCAAGUUCGACUACUACGACUACCUCGACGACGGCGCCACGGCAGACAGCAGAGAGUCGGCACCGCAGCAGGAAAACGCCGGUGGUCCGGGCGAGCUGGACUAUUCGCUGUACGAUUACAGCGACAGCGUGUUCCGGAGAAAACGCACCCUGCGCAACAGCCUCGAGGAGCUGCUCCGGAACCGGCGGCUGCCCCGCCGAGCACUGCGCUACAAGCGGGACGCCAACAUGGACGAUCUGCUCUACUUCCUCACGCAGAUGUCCAAGGCGGAACCUUACUCCUACUACGAAGACGAGGAGAUUCCGGCCGCAUCGCGGAUCUCGCUGACUCCGCAAGUGCAGCAGAGCCCCCUGGAGCAAUACCUGUCCGAGCUGGGCGCCAUGAGUAACGAGGACAGGGCCCGGACACUGCUCGCUCUGGCGGCCCUCGCGGACCAGGGACAGCCUGACCAGUCUGAGCGGGCACAAGAGCGAGAGUCGUCCGACGCCCUGCCGGGAUGGUUCCAGGUGGCCCGACGAUCCAGGGGUUCCUUCUACCCACAGGACUACCGGUACCUGGUCCUUCCGUCGGCUGGCCAGAAGCGCGCUGCCGGAGUGGACCGCUGGGGGAGGGUGCUCAGGCAGCACCAGCAGCAGCGUGCCGACGACGACGCCAACGUCAACAGGCUAUACGCGCUGGCCGGCCUGAUGGCCGAGCCUGACCAAGAAGAGACCUGGCGCGAGGCGUGAAGUGCCUCGAGCUCUGACUUGCAACAAACACCGACGAAGUGAAGCGACGCUGCCACGGCUCACUUUCCGCACCAUUCGGGAAACAGACCGUUUGGCACUCUUCAUUAAGUUAUAAAUUGUUAUCGUCACUCUAUUAACGUCUCGCCUACCCUAUAGACUUUACUAUUCAGUUUUAUUUCUUGUUUUUGUUUUUGGACGUUGAUAGGUCAUUGAGGUUGUGGACAUGGCGGUAUGCCCGUAGCUUGUUAUGGUUCUUAUGAUAUGUAGCAUCAAAGUCAAGAAGUAAAAAAAAAUACUGAGUUUCUUUUUUUUUUUUUUUUUGCUUCGAGACAUUGAUUCUGCGUAUGACAAGACCAUAAGAAGCCAUUGGCAUCUUUGAGAAACCUUUUCCAAUGUCGUCAUCUUUGAGGCAUGCAGUGGCAAGUGAUCAAAGGUCAAGGUCAAGGUGCCUUGGCUUCAACUAGAAAAGACACACCUUUCAUGAGAUUCUUGAAGGUAUUCUCCUAAAUGAACCUUUAUUAUCAACGUGCAUAAAGAAGACCCAAGAUAUUCGUAGGUUUUGUUUGUCCCUUAGUGUUGUCUUCUCAAAUGUGCCCCCAACGUUUCACUGUACGAGUUUGCACUUAAAGCGCCCAAUGCGACGCGCUGUACCCGUGAAUUCAGAGAACUAGCGAAAGCGAGCAAACGUCAAAGAUGUACGUACACUUCCUUGUGUGAUUCCUAGAGCGUUGCUGCAAUUUUCUAUUGCAUUCUCCUCUUGCCUCAUCGCUUAUAAACAUAAACACGAAACUGGCGCUAAUUGCCAACACAUGCUCUUCAAGCAAACGUUCGUAUUCCGUCUCAAGGUUGAGUUACGUCUAACGCAACAAUGGUUCAUGCGUUGGCAGCCUUAAAAUAAGUGGCAUGCGACUUAACAAUAUGAUAGUUGGCACAACUAGAAUGUAAUUUAAUUUGUUCGUUGAAAUACUUAUCAAGAUACUUACUAUCCCCGCUUAAUUUGUUGGAAUGUUAUUCAAGGUGUGUGUGUACUAGUCAGGAUGAGAAAUGACUGCGCAGCCGCAGGCGUCAGGAAGCACACGCACGACUCGAAUUUUUAAGACGCACCCUACCAGCGAUGGCUGUGCACGAGAACGAAAGAGCAUGUUCUAUCAGCUUUGCGUUGCUUUCGGAAAAUGUUGAAUGUAUCAAAUGCUCCAAGACACAUGGUCAUUGUACAGUAUGAAACUGGGUACAUAUAAAUGUUGCUUGUUUUUUGUGCCAUAGGAGAUACGUUUCUUACAAAACAUAAGCACAAAUUCUUAAAGCAACUAUAACCUUCGAUCAAAUCACGUGAACAUGACACGAUGUGAGGAGUAAUCAAAUUUGGCUAGUAGCAUAGCAAACGCUGUACUAUAUGGUGUGCACAGAAGGGUACGCACGUUUGAAACAUAGAAACGGUGCGGGAUUAGCGACAUAUUAGCGAGAGUUUAUAUUUUUUCAUGACGCUGAGAGUGAUUUUUUUAGAGACUAAGGCGAGAAGGGUGCAAAUGUGCACGAGUGUUAAAGGUGAACAGCGGCUCAUGUAUAUGUACAGCUGAGUAAAUAUAACUCUUCUCUAACGAUUCAUAUUUUCUCCUAAAUGUUCGCCCAGAAUGUAGCCUGUUUGGAGUGCAUGGUGCUUCUAGCGAAGCAUUAUAUGCAGUUUUUGUGUCUUUUAAUUGAUUUUUGUCAUCAAUAUGUGUAUCCACAGAUGUUCGUGACAUUCACAAAAAGCUUCAAAUUUGUCCUUUUUGAUCCACUGUGGGACAUAACGUUGCGUGCAGUAGACAAGCCAUAAGUCAAGAAAUUGAGAAUGAAACACGAUUCUAAAAGUUGUUCCUGUAUGAAGCGAAAGAAAAAUUUAUAUAUCCAGUGGUUAUUGUUGUCCAGAAAUUAUAUAUGUUUCGCAAUCUUUGAUCCCAAUUUUCAGACACGUCAAGAUUUUCUUGCUGUAAAGCUGGCAGAGUACUUUGUUUCGUGUGAACUUGGGAGUGCUGCUCAGUCGCAGACUGAAGGAAGUGUAAAAAGGGAAACUAUCACUUUUGUCUACCUCGUGUACUGUGAGUAAUAAAGUGACGUUAAAGAAA